UGCAGAACGAAAACAAUGUCAAUGUUAACGUUGUGGAGACUUCACACUGCCCCACGGAUAUUCCGAUCAGCAUAUGCAAACACAUCUUUAUAUCACUCAGAAAAUGGAAUUUAUGGGCAUAGAAGGAAAGAACAAUCACGUUUGUCAACCGAAAAAGUGACACAGAAUGUUGUUACUAGUGAGAACUUCCAAGCUUACAGACUGACGGAAGCAUACAGAAAACAUGGGCAUAAAAAGGCAACUUUGGAUCCCUUAGGACUUCAACAACGAUGUGGUGCACCAGAAGUAGAAUUAUCAAAUUAUGGAUUGUCUAAAGACUCAACGAAUCAGUUUGAUGUAAAUGGAAUUUUGAAUAAUGGUGCAACAAAACUGAACACAGCCCAGUUAAUAGAUACAUUAGAGAGUAUUUAUUGUGGACCCAUUGCUGUGGAAUUUGAUUAUUUGCAGACAGAAGAAAGAGAAUGGUUUGCUCAUACAUUUGAAUCUCAGAGAAAAUCAUUGAUACCUGAUGAGAGGAAAGCAGACUUGGCCAAAUUAAUGUUAAAAUGUCAGGCUUUUGACCACUUCCUUGCCAAUAAGUUUACUACAGUAAAGAGAUAUGGUGGAGAAGGAGGAGAAAGUAUGAUGGCUAUUUUUGAUGAGAUAUUCUCUCAUAGUGCACAAGAUGACAUAUCACAUAUUGUUAUGUGUAUGCCUCACAGAGGGAGACUGAAUUUUCUUACCUGCACGUUGAAGUUCCCACCUGUAAUCAUGUUUCAAAAGAUGAAAGGAAAAUCAGAACUGCCACCUGGUGCUAAAGGAACUGGUGAUGUAUUAUCUCAUCUUUAUACAUCAGAAGAUAUCCAAUAUCAUGGAAAGGAUAUUCAUGUUUCACUUAUACCAAAUCCCUCUCAUCUUGAGGCCAAUAAUCCUGUUGCAGUUGGUAAGGCACGUUCUAAACAACAAAGGUUAAAGGUCAGAGAUUAUAGUGAAACUGAUACCUCAAAUCAAAAAGUAUUAUGUGUUCAAGUUCAUGGUGAUGCUUCAUUUUCCGCCCAGGGUGUGGUAGCUGAGACAUUUGGUUUUGCAGAAUGUCCUCAUUUCAAUGUUGGAGGUAGUAUACAUAUCAUUGUUAAUAAUCAACUUGGAUUUACUACUGAACCCAGUAGAGCAAGAUCUUCUUUGUACAGUAGUUGUCUGGCAAAAAUAAAUUCUUAUCCUGUUAUACAUGUAAAUGCUGAUUAUCCAGAGGAAGUUAUAAGAGCCACAUCUUUAGCAAUGCAGUAUCAACAAACAUUUGGUAAAGACGUUAUAAUAGAUUUUAUCUGUUUCCGUAAAUAUGGACACAACGAGCUUGAUGAUCCAACGUUUACACAGCCUACUAUGUAUAACAUUAUAAAUCAAAGAAAAAGUAUUCCAGAUAUGUUUUCAGAACAGGUUAUAACUGAGGGUAUAUGCAAUAAAGAAGUUUUAGAUAAAGAAGUUGCUGAGUGGAAUAAAGAAUUAUCUAAUAAUUUAGAUAUGGUGGAAAAACAUAUACCAAAGGCAUUUCAUCUGCAAUCAGACUGGUCAGUUUGUCAGCAGGCUGGAGAUGUUGUAACAACAUGGGACACUGGUGUCUCAUUGGAUACAUUGAAAUUUGUUGGAGCAAAAUCUGUUUCUGUCCCUUCAGAUAUGAAUGUACACCCAACUAUACAGAAGACCCACUUAGACAGACGAUUACAGAAGAUACAAGAUGGAGGAGACUUAGACUGGGCUACAGCUGAAGCUUUAGCUAUUGGUUCUUUAUUGUAUCAAGGUUUUAAUGUAAGAAUAAGUGGGCAGGAUGUAGGUCGAGGAACAUUCAGUCAUCGUCAUGGUAUGAUAGUCGACCAGAAGACAGACAGUGUUUAUAUACCAUUGAACCAUGUCACUGAUAAUCAAACAGGAUUUCUUGAGUUAGCUAAUAGUUCCCUGUCAGAAGAAGCUGUGUUAGGAUUUGAGUAUGGUAUGAGUAUAGAUGAUCCUAAAAGUCUAAUUAUAUGGGAAGCACAGUUUGGAGACUUCUUCAAUGGAGCACAGAUUAUGAUAGAUACAUAUAUAGCUAGUGGAGAGUUGAAAUGGUUAUUACAGAGUGACUUAGUGAUGUUAUUACCACAUGGAAUGGAUGGAGCAGGACCUGAACACUCAUCAUGUAAAAUUGAAAGAUUUCUACAGGCAACAGACAGUAGUGAACACAAAGUAGACGGAGACAAUGUCAACCUUCAGGUCGUGAACGCUACAACUCCAGCUCAAUACUUCCACCUUCUUAGACGUCAGGUGAUUCGGAACUUCAGAAAACCUUUGGUUGUGGUAGCUCCUAAAACCAUAUUACGUUUACCUGCAGCAACUUCUACCUUAGAAGAUAUGUUACCUGGAAAAACAUUCUUACCAGUGAUUGGUGAUAAGAAAGUUAAAGGUGACAAGGUUAAAAAGGUCAUUUUCUGUAGUGGAAAACAUUUUUAUACAUUGGACAAGGAGAGGGAUUCCAGAAAGUUAGAAGAUGUAGCCCUUGUGAGAAUAGAGAGUCUAUGUCCAUUCCCAGCAGGGGAGAUUCAACAAGAAGUAACCAAAUAUCCUAAUGCUACAGAUUUCCUUUGGAGUCAGGAAGAACACAGGAAUAUGGGAGCAUGGACAUUUGUCUCUCCAAGAUUUAACAAUUUAGUUGGAUGCAAGUUACAGUAUGUUGGAAGAGAUCAUUUAGGUUCUCCUGCUACAGGUAUUGGUGAAGUACAUAGACAAGAAAGUAUACAAAUCAUCGAAGAUACAUUUAGUUAAGGAACAAUAUAUAUAUAUAUAUGUUAAGAUAAUGUUCAGCAUUAAUGUAUAUAUGAAAUUAUUUGUGUACACAUGUGCAAGUGUUUUAAUUGACCAUUGUACUAAAAUUACCGGUGUAUACAUUACAUCACAGCUCAUAAAUAGACAGAGCUUUAAUUUUACCAAACAGUAAUAUUAUUCUUAAUUCAGUGACGAAAAUUUUAUAAUUUAGAAAUAGCAUAUUCUAGUCCACGAAGUAUUUGCCACUGUAUAUUAAGAAUCAAUCAAUCGGCAAUCAGGCAGUCCUACCUAGUCUAUAUAUUUAAUUCAUAUCAGAAUGAACCCAUAGUUAUCAUGAAUGUUUAUAAUUUUGUUUUUAAGCUUUUUUCAGUUUUAAGUCAGUAUAAAUGUUUUAACUUUGAUCUCAUUUAAGUAUAUUUUUUUCAAAUUAUAUUAAUAAUUUUGUUCUAGUUUUCUGUUGUUAAAUUGAUACCUGUGAAUAAUAUAUUAGAAUGAGUUAUUUUAAAAAAAAAUAUUACAACUCUAUUGCAUUCACCUUAAGCUUGUCAAAUUACCAGUUCUUCCGUUCAUUCAACAAAUAUUUCUUAUAUUUUUCCAAGUAGUACUGAUAACUUAUCAUUUAGUCAGCAACUUAACAGUGAUGGCUUGUAAUGUGUGAGUACUUUUCUGAUCUGUCAGACACCAUCUAGUUUAUGUUUGUCAAUACCUUUUACUUUGAAUUUUUCAAUAUGUUAUAUGACCUUAAAAAUAUUUGUCACAAAUUUCUCCAGAUGAUUUUAUAUUUGGGCACCAGCUUGGCAGUUUUGAGUUGUACUGUAGGAUUUUUUUUUUUUGGUUCUGCCAGACACCUUUUGCAAGCUUUCAGAUUCUUUAAAAAUUACAAUUGCGGGUAUGCUUAGCAUGAUGUGCAUUCUUGAUUUUUUUUUCAUUCAUUGCAGCCAGCUACUUCCUGUUUGUCAAUAAAUUGAAAUUAUACAACACUCAUUGUACAAGGAAAAUUUAUAUCAAACUUUUCUUGGCUUCAAUUAAAUGGAAUGAUCAGUUAUACUUUGAAUUCAGUAUUCAUUUUACCUCUAUCAAUUGGAUGCAAAGAUGUAUUUCUGGAUUGGAGUUUGAUUUGUUUCAUAAUAAGCUCAAAAACAUUUGACAAGACUUAUGGUUAAAGACUUAUCAGAAUUUUAAGCCUCAUCUGUGAUCAUAGAAGAAAAUGAAGUCUGUAACCUUGUAUUUCAAUCCAUAGUUCUUCUAUAAGGAUUUGAUGUUGCUUUGAAAUUGUCUUCCUAUUUGACAACCUGUUAUGGAGUUUAUUAUAUAGUAAGAUUUCACCAGUUAUAUUUGUAAAACAAUCAUUACUUUCACAAGUCUCAAAAACUUCUGUAACUAGUAAUCUAUGAAUAUCACAGAGUAUUGCUUAAGUGUAUAAUAAAAACUGUCCUGAUGUAGCUGUACAACCUGAGUUAGAUCAUAGUUGGAAGACCUGCCAGGAAUAUUGAAGAUAAAGUACGGCAAAAGAAGCACUGUAUUGGGGUAUUUGAUGUAUUGAUUUGUAAGUUUUGUUAUCUAAUCAAGUGUUUAUUUUGUACUUUGAAAAAGUUGUUAGUGGUUUGCUCUGUAAUAUUGUAUUUGUAUCAUAUUAAUCAGCUGUGAUAUUUUGUCUAAUACUGAACUUUAAUAAAAAAAAAAGUAAACAGGG